AUGGACAAGAUUCCCCUCAACUACGAGGCCUCAGAAGGCGACACCAACAAACAAGUCACCAGCACGCUCCCCCAAGAGGUUGUCCAGUGCUUGGAAAAUGCCCGAUUUCUGCAUCUCGCGACUUGCACCGAUAACGUGCCCCAAGUAUCCCUGAUGAACUACACCUACCUCCCGUCGUCGCCGCACUCGUCCGCUCCCGUCAUCGUCAUGACUACGAACCCCGCCUCUCGCAAAACCACAAACAUCAUCGCCAACCCCAACGUUUCCUUGCUCGUCCAUGACUGGGUCUCCCACCGCCCUCACGGCCGCCGCCCCUCUGGCGGCUCCCCGGAUCCUGCGCCUCCCUCCAGUCUUGCGAACCUGCUCCUCAGCCUCAACAGCUCUGCCAUGUCCAGCAUUAGCGCCACCAUAGGAGGUGCCGCGCGCUUGGCCCCCACGGGCUCUGAAGAGGAAAAGUUUUACGUUGCCCAGCACCUCGAAAACAAUACAUUCGAGGACGGCGGCGCCCUCUUCACGCCCGCCGCCCAGGGUGAGGCCGACACGAGCCGCUUCGUCGCGGGGGAGGACGUGCGCGUCAUUGUCGUUGACAUCAACACCGUGCGAAUCAGCGACUUCAAGGGCAACGUUAGGGACUGGGCGCUGGUCCCGACACAGGCAGUCAAUGGGAACGUUUAG